GACGAGCGUAAAAGGUGAAGUCGCAAAGUUACGCGCGUCAGUUGUCAGCUGUGCGCGCCCUCCCUCCCACUGGCAGCACUUCUCUUUUCAACAGGACCCCGCGUGACUCCUGUCACACCGUGGAGGAGAGCAGAGUGCCAUGAAGACCGUCGGUGUGUGAGUGCUGUGCUGCCACAACAUGAUGCUGCUGCUGCUGCUGAUGUCCAGUGUGUUGUUCGCGCUCUGGGGGGAGCCGGGUCGGUGCCUGGAGGACAGCGGAAGCUUCACCUUUGAUGGAGACAUCCGACAGUUCGCCGUGGCCUCCGGCACGUUGUACGUCGCUACGGACGAGAGGCUGUACCAGCUGAGCCACGACCUGACUCCGGUCCACAGUCUGACUCAGAGAGGGAUCUUGACGCGUCAUAUGGACGAGGAGCACUUUUCCCGGGUUGCUGAGACGGACGAGGCGAACGCAACUUUUGGUGUCCACAUAUUGUUGCCGUUUGUUAAGAACGACUCUCUGAUCCUCUGCGGGGUGACCGGGCAAGGUUACUGCGAAGUGCUGGAGCUGAAGAACAUUUCCAAUGUGCAGCACAAUGAGAGCAUCCAGGUGGGGUCCCUAUGCGGCAAGUCCGUCGGCUUCCUGGUGGACCUGGAGCCAAACGACGUUUACAUUUUGACGGCCAAUCAGCUAAAUGACACCAGGAUCCCCUACUGCGUACUGGAAAGAGAUGCGGUGUACCUUCAUAAUACGAAACUCCAACAGGCGGGUGGUAUAUUUUCAACGAUUGAAAAACACAGUGACGCCUCAAUCCAAGUCAACGGCAAUGUCGAGUUUGUGGACGGAUUUCAGAUCAACUCAAGUAUUUAUCUUUUCUCCAACCUGCUCUCAAGUGACAAGAACAACAAAGUCCGUCUACUUUGGCUCCAUGUCAAAAACAACAAAGUUGAUACAUUCAAGUCUCUGCGGGGCGCGACCCUCAGCAUCCCUGGUGCUGAUGGGGCCAAAGGCAGCAAGCUCCUCGCCUCCGCGGUGAUCCCCGGAGGGCCGCGCGUUCUCUGGAGCGGCGUGUUCCGCGUGGGCGGAGGACGAAGCCCCAGCGAGCUGGUCCUGUUCGACAUCAGCCCGGAUCUCAGCAGACCCACCGAUAAUGAUCCAGACUUCUGCACUGUCUGCAACAACGUGGGGAAACCGACGCCAAAGAUUCUGGAGCCAAUGGCCGUGCUCUUCAAGCAGAACUACAUGACCUCUGUUCUGGCAGUGAGACAAAAGUCCUGGAUGGUUUUCUUCAUCGGGACAGAAGACGGGCAGCUCAUCAAGCUUUCUGUGGACCAGAACUAUCGGCCCACCUGUCCCACAGUGCUCUACAGGGCCGUUGACGACCGCAGAGUGUUUCCCAAAAUGUAUCUGGAUCAAGUGGAUCUUAAGCAUGUGUACAUGCCAUUACAGAACCAGAUGAAGCGUGUUCCCGUGUCAAAGUGCAGCAGAUACACAGAUGUGCAGACGUGUUGGUCUGCGCACGAUCCGUACUGCGUCUGGUGCGGCUCUCAAACAAGUUGCACAUUUGAGGAUGAAUGCAAAGAUUCCGACUGGGUGUCCAUUCCUGAUCGUUCUCAACACAGAAUGGUUUCCCACAAAGUAACAAAGGACGCUGCUGGACAGAUCACACUUAACAUCCAGACUCACGUCACUGUGGGCCAGAACGUUGCGUCUAUCUUUGCCUGUCAAUUCUCCGCAAACUCUGGUGAGCUUUGUGGCAAGAAAAACCCUCCUCCGCUGUUCCCACAAUGCACCUGUGUCCUCUCAAAUAGUACACUUCCUGCUGAAGGACUGCCGUUCACUGUUAAGUUUAGACUUGGGAAGACUCGAUUCAACAAACAGCUGAAGCUGUCCAGCUGCUCCGACAUCAAGGGACCACCGACCUUCGUCCUGUGUCGAACAUGUAUCGAGGCUGGAUGUGGCUGGAGCAAAGAUGGCUGCUCCUGGGCAAAUGGAGACGGGGAGGAUGAAAAAGUUUGCCAAAUGAUGCAGUCAGGAAUGAACUUUUCUAAACCAGGAAUCUCUUCCAUCACUCCCAGUAACGUGUCUUUCUACGGCAGAAACCAUGCAGUGUUGUCCGGUUACAACCUCAGUGAUGUGACCGGAGUGAGGAUCCAGGUGGACGUGAACUGCCUUUCACAAGAGUCUCCUGUAUGGAACAAGACUGAUGGGAAACUGGUGUUCCACAUUCCCAGUGCCGAUAAUAAAGGCACCGUCCAAGUAUGUGUUCUCCUCCCAGACGGCAGUUGCCACGGCAAUGCUGCAAUCACCUACAUGUCAUCUCCGUCCUGCACCAACAUCGUACCAAGCACCUCUUGGAUCAGUGGGAAGAGGGCGCUAACACUGGGGGGAUCCCACCUGGAGUUUGUGGAAGAGGUCAUGCACAACCACGCCCUGCAGGAAGUCAGAGCCCCCAGGAACAGAACCAGUCAGAGUCUCACCUAUGACACCCCUGCAGCUGACAAAAAGACUUUGGGCAGCGUCGUGUUUCUAAAAGUGGCUAAUCAAUCCAUAGCCUGCUCCACAACAAUAAACUACCACCCAGACCCCAAGUUCACGAGCUUCUCCUCCAUAAGAACAGGGGAAGAUGUGCGCAUCACCUUACAGAAAACGGCAGACAAACUUGAGGUGACCCCUGCAGAGUUGUCAGUGUGGGGCGUUAUGGAAGGAAAGCAAUACCCCUGCAUCAUGGAAGACAAAGAUAGCAAUAAUGAGACAGACUUUUUCAUCUGUGAGAUUAAAAGGACGACCAAUGCAGAAAUUUCGCAGUUACUGAUAAACUAUGGAGACAAGAUGGUAACAUUGGAUGUCAGAUCUUCAUCAUAUCUGUACCUGCUUCUUGUCUUUCUGCUGCUACCCUGCAUCAUUGUUGCGGUGGUGAUCUUCUACCGAAGCCAGCAGAACAAGCUCACGGCUAAGAUGAACAAGCGCAUGGAAGACCUGGAGCUUGACAUCAGGAAUGACAUUAGACAAGGUUUCAUUGAUCUGCAGACAGAGAAAGCUGACCUGAUGGAAAACGUUGGAGCAAUUCCUUUCCUGGACUACAAGCACUUUGCCUCCAGAAUUUUCUUUCCGGAGAGUGAAUCCUUGAUGGCGUUGUGUAUCAAAGACAUCGGCCAGGACGCGGUGAAGGUUGAACUUGACGAAGGUUGCCAGGGCUUGUCCAGGCUGCUCCAGGACCAGCUCUUUCUCACAUCUAUGGUGCACGCUCUGGAAGAGCAGAAGAGCUUCACCGUCAAAGACAAGUGUGUGUUGGCUUCUUUACUGACCGUGGCGCUUCACCACAACCUGUCGUACCUGACUGAGAUAAUGGAGACUCUGCUCAGGGCUCUAACUCAGCAGAAGAGCAACGCUCAGCCCAAACUGAUGCUCCGACGCACCGAGUCUACUGUGGAGAAGCUGCUGACCAACUGGAUGUCCAUCUGCCUUUAUGGCUUCCUCAGAGAGAGUGUGGGGCAGCACCUGUUUGUGAUGGUCAGCGCUCUCACGCAGCAAACAGCUAAAGGACCUGUGGACUGCGUGACGGGGAAAUCUCUGUACACACUCAGCGAGGACUGGCUGUUGUGGCAGGCUCAAGACUUCACUUCCCUGAAGCUGAAGGUGCUGUUUGCAGUGGGCAGUGACGGAGAGGUCAGCGAUCAUCUGGAGGUCAACGCUCUCAGCUGUGACUCAGUAGAGCAAGUCAAAGAGAAAAUCCUGUCCGCCUUCAAGGCCAAGUUUGGGUUCCCCUACAACGGCCACCUCAGGGACGUUCGUCUCGAGUACGAGAAGAAUGGAUCGUUCUUUGCCCUUGAAGAAGUGGAUUCGAGCUCUGAGGUCAUUGGGGAGGUCACGAUGCUCAACACACUCAAGCACUACAAGGUUCCUGAUGGAGCUAGCAUCAAAGUGCUUUCGAAGAAAGAUCACCCCCCCCUGAGCCCGCAGGGAAGUCUGAAGGACGACGAGAACUUCUCUGGAAAAUACUUCCACUUGAUUGAUCCUGAUGUAGAUGAGGAUCAAAGCAGGAACCCGGAGAGGAAGAAGUUGAAACUGAAGGAAGUGCACCUCACCAAACUGCUCUCCACCAAGGUGGCCGUACAUUCGUUUGUGGAGAACUUGUUCAGAUCUAUCUGGGGGACAACGCCGCAAGGCAGAGCCCCCCAAGCCAUCAAAUACUUCUUUGACUUCCUGGACACUCAGGCAGACGACAUGAAGAUCACUGACCCAGAUGUCCUGCACAUCUGGAAGACAAACAGUUUACCUCUGCGCUUCUGGGUCAAUAUCCUGAAAAACCCCCAGUUUGUUUUUGACAUGGAAAAGACCCCCCAACUCGAAAGCUGCCUAAGUGUCAUCACUCAGGCCUUCAUGGACUCCUUCUCCCUCAGCGACACCCAGCUAGGAAAGUAUGCACCAACCAACAAGCUGCUGUACGCCAAAGACAUACCCUCGUUUAAACAGGAAGUCAAGGCCUACUACAAGCACAUCAGUGACCAGUCACCGCUCACAGGGUCUGAAUUCAAGCAAUUCCUGCAGGAAGAGUCAAAGAAACACGAAAACGAGUUCAACGAAGCCGCAGCCUUGAGAGAGUUCUACAAAUUCAUACAGCGAUACUUCCCCGAGAUCAAAGAGAAGCUGGAACAAAAUGGAGCUCCGGCUGAGCUGAUGGAGCAACUACAGCAUGUUAAAAACUCGUUUGAUGGACUAAAAAGCUGCUCCUGGAACUAAACUGCUGUCCUCUUACAUGGAAGACAUUUUUUCCUGAGGCUGGAUCAUCUGCUGCAGAGCAUUACCAGUCUACUUUUGAAGAUUUGAAAGUGACAUCACUCAGUUCUUUGUUGGCUGAACCUGUCGCUUAUACAUGUUUGUA